UGGAAUAAUGAAAUGGAAUUUAAAAUGAGAUUCAGAAGCAGUUAAUCGCUUGCAAGUUUCCUCUGGAUGUAUCCCAGUCCCUCUUGGCGCAGUAAUGUCCCAACGGAACCAUGAUACGAAACGCAAUUGCCCGAAAACCUGCGCAGGUGGUCUUGGUAAGGUUGUUCAGCAACCAACCCCAACCGGCGCACAACAGUGCCGCCAGUGAAACACCGGAUCCAGAAUGGGUCAACGCACAGCCGUACGAGAGUAUCCCCGGGCCGGGAUCCAUCCAGAUGCUGAGAAACUUUGCACCGGGUGGUCGUUACUACAACCUAACGAUGCCGGAUAUGAUGCAGGCUCUGAGAGAUGACUACGGAGAUCUUUACCGAUUGCCGGGAACGUUUGGGCGUCACGAUAUGGUGGCCACCUUUAAGCCGGAUGACUUUGAAACCAUUCUACGAACCGAAGGUCAGUGGCCGAUACGGAGGGGCCUCGAUAGCUUGGCGUACUAUCGACAGAAGGUGCGACCGGAGGUGUUCAAGGGCAUGGGAUUGGUUACCGAGCAAGGAGAAGAAUGGCAGCACUUCCGAACCAUUGCUAAUCCAGUGAUGUUGCAGCCGAAAACUGUUCAAUUGUACGUCGAUAAGCUGGAUGAGGUGGCUCAAGACUUCAUGAAAAUAAUCCCAAAUCUACGUGACGCCAAAAAUGAGAUGCCUGCCGAUUUCAAUCAGUGGAUCAAUCGAUGGGCUUUGGAGAUGAUGGGCGUUCUUGCGCUAGAUACAAGACUAGGCGUAUUGGAAGCCGAUCAACCUGCAGAGGCGAAAGAAAUGAUAAGGUUGAUUCGAGAAUUCCUGGAGCUCUCAUAUCAGUUGGACAUCGUUCCAUCGGUUUGGAAAUACUACAAGACCCCAACGUUCAACAGAUUGAUUACUGUACUGGAUGGAAUUACUGAUAUCAUCAAAGCGAAGGUGGACGCUGCUGUAACCAGAUUGGAGAAAAAUCCUUCCAAAUCGAGCGAUGCUAUGAGUGUAUUGGAGAAACUGUUGAAGGUUGACAGAGAUGUAGCCGUAAUCAUGGCCUUUGACAUGCUGCAGGCCGGAGUUGAUACGACUUCGUCCGGAACGAUUAGCAUAUUGCACGCUCUAGCUACGAAUCCGGAGAAGCAAAAUAAGCUUCGUGAGGAAAUCCGAGCGAUUCUUCCGGAUAAAAAUUCUCCUCUUACUCCGGAUAACAUGCGCAAUCUUCCUUACCUGAGGGCUUGUAUCAAGGAAGGUCUCCGGAUUCAGUCACCGAUUGUUGGAAAUGUGCGCACAGCCGGAAAAGAUCUUGUACUUCAAGGAUACCGCAUUCCGAAAGGUACUGACCUCCUUAUGCCCGCGAUGACCCUGUACAAAGAUGAGCGUUACUAUGCGCGGGCUCAGGAAUUCCUUCCGGAACGUUGGCUCAAGGAGUCGGAUUCGGAGCAGGUGCCCAGUGCCAAGAGUGCCCAUCCAUUUUUGUUCCUGCCUUUCGGAUUCGGACCGCGUACUUGCAUAGGGCGUCGAUUGGCCAUGAUGGAGAUGGAAAUAUUCCUGGCGCGUGUUACGCGACAAUUCGAGUAUCGCUGGAACCAUGGCCCGUUGAAGAUUAUAACAUCGCUCAUCAACGCGCCGGCUAAUGAGCUGCGCUUCGAGAUGAAGGAAGUUGUUGAUUGAGAAGGCGGAAAAUUGCGUUGCUAUUUUCGAGUGUGAUUUUCAUUCUUGUCAUUAAAGUUUAAGUACUAUAGCAAGC